AUGCAUUCCAGGAUAAGGAAAUUUGCCACGUACAUUGUGUCCAUCUUCUUACUUGCGUGCCUGAUGUACUUGAAGAGAGACACCAAGUCGGUUGUGCCUCCAACAACCAAAAAAGCGCACAAGCUACACCAGCAUACCUUCCAGCUCCCUCGACAUGUGGAGCCCAGCAAAUGCAUACCCAACCGAACCAUUACCAAUUCCUCGACCUCCCUCCCCGAGGUUCAUCGAGUCUUCUUAAUGUACAAACACUGCCGGCACUUCUCAACCUUGCUAAAGCCCACGGGAUGUGAUGCGGACACCUUCCUGCUGCUGGCUAUAAAAUCGGCUCCCAUCAACAUAGAUCGCAGGGUGGCCAUCAGGAAUACGUGGGGGAAGGAAACCACCGUGGGUGGCAAAUUGGUCAAGCUGCUGUUCUUGCUUGGUCGCUCAGAGGUCAGAGUUCGGGCUCACUCCCUCCAGCAGCUUUUGGCGUACGAGAGUCAAGAAUUUGACGACGUUAUCCAGUGGGAUUUUGUUGACAACUUCUUCAACUUGACCCUGAAGGAGGUGCAUUUCCUCCGAUGGUGUGCCGCGGAUUGUCCACAUGCCCGCUUUGUGCUGAAGGGGGACGACGACGUGUUUGUAAACACCUACAAUAUUGUUGCGUUCCUUAAAGAUCUGGACCCUCAGAAGGAUCUUCUUGCUGGAGAUGUCAUCAGCAAAGCCCGGCCAAUAAGAAACACCAACACCAAGUAUUUUAUACCAGAAUUGAUGUACCGGGAGCCUUUCUACCCCCUCUACGCUGGUGGCGGUGGCUACGUCAUGUCCCAGAAGACGGUGCAACGGCUGCAGUUGACCGUCGAGGACACGGAGCUCUUCCCGAUAGACGAUGUCUUUGUGGGCAUGUGCCUUGCAAAAAUGGGUAUGACCCCGACUCGCCACGCCGGCUUUAAGACCUUCGGAAUCCAGAGACCGUUUAAUCCAUUUGAUCCCUGUCUGUACAAAGAACUUAUGAUUGUACACAAACUAAGCCCAACCGAGAUGUGGGUCAUGUGGACAUUGAUGAAAUACGGCAAACUUAGAUGUGCCACGUCAGUAGCUCACAAACGGUAG